UCUCCUCUUCCACCACCACCGAGUCACACCAACAACCUCUGCACCAUUCUCAAACAAGCACUGUGUUUUCUUCUCUUCGAGUUACUCACUCACAAACACACACUCUUUUUCUUUUUCUUCAGCUUCCACGACAGAAAGACAUGGCUCCUGAGCUAGUUCCAACUGCAACGAAAUCUGUUACCGGUUUCAACAGACCGGUGACUCUGCAGAAACGUGCAUACGUGACGUUUCUUGCCGGAAACGGUGACUACGUGAAAGGCGUGGUUGGGCUCGCCAAAGGGUUGCGGAAGGUGAAGAGUGCGUACCCGUUGGUGGUUGCCGUGCUCCCUGACGUGCCGGAGGAGCACCGUGAGAUCCUGGAGUCUCAGGGCUGUAUUGUCCGGGAGAUUGAACCCGUUUACCCGCCGGAAAACCAGACCCAAUUUGCCAUGGCGUAUUACGUCAUCAACUAUUCCAAGCUCCGUAUCUGGGAGUUCGUGGAGUACAGCAAGAUGAUAUACUUGGACGGAGACAUUCAGGUGUUUGAAAACAUUGACCACUUGUUUGAUCUCCCUGAUGGUUACUUCUACGCUGUCAUGGAUUGCUUCUGUGAGAAGACAUGGAGUCACACUCCACAAUACAAAAUCGGUUACUGUCAGCAGUGCCCGGAGAAGGUGCAGUGGCCUAAAGAAUUGGGCGAACCACCUUCUCUUUACUUCAAUGCAGGCAUGUUUGUGUUUGAACCCAGCAUUGAAACUUACCAUGACUUGCUCAAGACAGUGAGAGUCACUACUCCCACCUCAUUUGCAGAACAAGACUUCUUGAACAUGUAUUUCAAGGACAUUUACAAGCCAAUUCCACUGGUUUACAAUCUUGUUCUUGCCAUGUUGUGGCGUCAUCCAGAGAAUGUGGACCUUGACAAUGUCAAGGUUGUUCACUAUUGCGCGGCGGGAUCAAAGCCAUGGAGAUAUACAGGGAAGGAAGACAAUAUGCAGAGGGAUGACAUAAAGAUGCUGGUGCAGAAAUGGUGGAAUAUCUACAAUGAUCCUUCUCUUGACUAUGAUAAGCAAUUCAAUGGUGCAGCACCAGCACAAAGAGAUAAUGGUGUUGGCAUUGAGCCAUUUGUACAGGCUCUGUCAGAAGUUGGUCAAGUUCAAUACAUCACAGCACCAUCAGCAGCUUAAAAAAGGAAAAAAGAGUUAGGAAGAAGAGGACUUUGGAAUCAAAAGAAGGAAGUUUGGAGCCCAUAGUUAGAUAGAAGGGAGCUCUCCAAGCUUCUUAUUUUGCUUUUUUUUUCCAUGAAUUACUUUGAGUGUUUUUUUUUCUUUUUUCUGCUCUUGUUGGUUCUUUUGUAUAAUUAAGGUUGGUGGGUUUGCUAAUAGGACUCUGGAUCUGGGUUUCCAUGUAUAUAGUACUGUAUUUCUGUUUUUGUUGGAUUUGGCAAUGCUUAAAGAUAAAGGGAAAUGUGAUGAAGGACAUGGUUCUUUCA